CGCCUACGGAACGAUAUGUCAAUCGCACCGUUCACUUUAUUCGGGCUGCAGCGAAUGUUUCGAGCAGUCGUCUCAUUUUUCAAACGAAAUAUCUCUUCUCACUAUCUUCUCACUAUGUAGCGACAGCGGAAGCCGAUUUCGAGCAGUUUUGUUUCUCACGCCACAAACGCCAGAUUACGGAUAAACGAGGUUUCGCUGUAAAUAUCAAAGAAAGUGUACCCUUGUUUGCUGCCGUGCGCCACCAAAAUUUUCCACAUUGUAUGACGGAUCGAAGUGUUUUAACGCGUUACCGAGUGCGAACACAUACCGCAGUGCUGGACGCAUUUAAUUCUAGAAGUGUUGUGAGCGUAUAGUGCCGUGCGCUAUGGGCGAUAUUCUGUGGCCAGCAGCGAUGAACGAACCGUCGACGUCGCAACCGCAAGGUCCGCGGUUAACCGAAAAUGACCAACUGUUCGAUGACCUGCUGGAAAACAUUGUGUACGUAGGUAACCUGCCGCAAACCAUCAUGCUGACCGACCUGAUAGAGCUGUUCAAGUAUGCCGGCCGGAUCGAACGCGUUGCCUGGUACGGUGAGCAUCGCACCGACAUCAACACGAAGGUUGCAUUCGUACGCUUUCGACACUCGCGGCACGCGAAGGAAGCGGCCAAAUGGGACCGGAUACGCUACCACGAUUCGAUACUGAUCGUGAUGCAGAUAUUCAAGGACCAAUGGUUCGACAUGAGCGUAUCGAUAAUGGUGCGAAACAUACGUGACGACACAACCGACUGGCAGCUGUAUGAAGCGUUUCGACGAUUCGGUAAAAUAUACGGCAUACUGAUCCCGACGCACGGUACCGCGUACGUGGGCUUCUACUACGAGGCGGAAACGCAAUGCGCCCUGGAAAUGAACAACAACAUGUUCAACGGUAACAGAAUGCGGGUAGAAAUGUUACGGCGGAACCUGCCCCUGCAACAGAUUGAUAUUUUCGAUAUGUCCCGGAACGAGGUCCGGCUGCUGCGCGACAUGCUGCUGGAGGUGGACGAAAAGCUGGAACAGUUCUACUCGGCGUACGACGAAGCGUUCAAUUACUCCUCGAAAGAUUACCGCCGGUGGAAGCGAAAGCGGCGCCGUGUGACACCGCUGCUGAGCGAUUCCAGCUCAUCGUCCGAAAGCAGUUCGUCCAGCGUGUCCGAAUUGUCGAAUCGCAGUGCGAACGAGGUGCGCCGGAUUCUGUGCGGCUCGAACGAGGAGAACCGCUGCCUAGGCAUCUUCGGCAUGAACCCGGAUACGACGGAAAAAACGUUGAUGAAGCUGUUCUCCCGCUACGGACACGUGAAGGACAUCAAGCUCAUAUACGACGGCAAAACGAACGUAUCCCGUGGAUACUCGUUCAUCUAUUUUAAGCAUGCCAGCGAUGCCCGGCGAGCGCAACGGAAACUCAACGGUACAAUGCUCGAAGGGCGCAAGGUGCGGGUCGAUUUCAGUCGUAGCAAACCGCAUGAACCGCGGGCCGACCGUCGCAAACGAGUCUCGCCUACUGCGACCGCCGCAACCGCUGCCUCGACCAGUGCCGAUCGCUGCUGUCAUCGUCGGCACGGCAGCACUCAUCACAAGAAGCGCAAAAAGCGACGGGUUUGCUACUCCUCUUCCGAUUCGGAGUAGGACGCGCGGCGUGAUCGAAGCGCUACCACACGGACGGAGCAGAAAAGCAAGUCAGCAAGCAUGGAAUCGAUGUGAGGUUCGACUGUGGUCACUUUUUUUUAGUGCUAGUGCAAAAAGCGAAAAAACCAGCAUCAACCGCCUGGAGGGGGUUGCUAUCCUAACGCAAAGGCCACCCACCAUUUUGUUAUUCUUAAGUUGAAAACUUUUUUUUUUCUUACUUUUUAGGCGUGAUGUCAUGAAGUCAAAGAAACCUACCAUUAUGGAGGAAAAAGGUUGCACUAUCAAAUAAUAGAUCGCGCGUCUCAUGAUCAAUUCUUCAUUUCUUUCAACAAAUUUCUCAAGAUGUCAGACAUAUGAACAGCUUCAAACAAACGAUCCUCACGGUCAGUUGCAAACACUUCAACGUCAAGUCAAACGCACGUGAACGAACACAAAAAUGACGGAACAGAACAGCUUCUAUCAAGAGCGCGCACGCGACGUUAUGAGACCGCUACGGUACACAAACAUUUGCUGUAUCCGUAUAUAACCGUACAUACUAUUGUUUUUAUUCGUUGUUUGUCAUUUAGUUAAACAUUGAAAUUACAUUUAUUCCUUUUGAUCGUUUGUGUAACACCUUCCAGUUACAAAUCUAUAAACUUUUCCCUCUUGGCUACGAAUUCAAUUAUCAAUCAAACAGCAAAACUUAAAAAAUAUUUUUGUUUAAACCGAGCCGCAUGUUAGCAAAUGAACUAUAUUCAGCCGUGCCGUCGCGGAACUCGGAAUAAUGAGAGGAUAACUUUAUGUAUGUACAUGGAAUAUAUAUAUAAUGUGUAAAAAUCCGCGGAAAUCGAUUAAAAGAAAGGGAAGAAAAACAAGUAACAAGACGUUAAAUUUCUGUUUCGAAACGAUUAGUGUACCGGUGGCGCAAGGACAACGGUUGGCACUGUAAAACCAGAGGAACAGUCUGUGUGAUGAAUCGUGAUUAAAACGAACGCCCCAAAUUUAGCGUUAACAUAGAGACUGGUGGGAUAAGUUUUGUUUUUUUCACUGUAAAUGAUAGGAGAGAGAAAGAGAGAGAGAUAAAGGAGGACAAAAAGGGAGAAAUUUAUAAACAAACACACAAAAAAUCGAAAACUCAUAACUGUGUGGGGAUAGUACAUCCUUCGAAGCUUUAGGGAUAGUAGUAGAUCAGAGAGACCGGAGGUGGAAUGCUUGCGAGAAAGCAUUUGUUAUGUACAUUUGGUUGUUGGAAGCCCGCGCGAAUGAUCGUAAAAAUCAUUUAUUGGUUUGUUUGUGAUCGCCAAAAGAUGUUAAAGUCCUUUUUUUACUACAUAAGCAGCAGUAGCUGGAUUUAGUUUUAGACGUAGAAUCGAUCACAAUCACGAUCAGCAAACGGGCAGUUCAGGGACUGCCAAAGUGAAAUGAAGAAUACAAAACAAACAGAAACGCACGGAGUAGUGAAGGAUUCUCCGGUCAACGGCCAUCAUGACGAUCGGUCGAUAAAGUGGCGGAACAAAGAAAACAAAAACAAUGAAUAAUAACUGUGGAUUUCGCUGUGUGCAAA